GGGCGGCGGCGUGAGGGGAGGUCGGUCGUCGGGGGAGGCGACUCGCCGGAGGGGAUCGAGCGCCGGAGAGGGAGAUCCAGCCGGCCGCGGAGGGGGGGAAAGCCUUCCUCUUUCCUUCGGUGAAGACCCUCCAUUUCUCCGCCGAUUCCUCGCCGGAAAGGCCGCCGGAGCACCCAUCGGACCGAGGGCAACAAACUGUUGGACAAAGAGACAUUGAGCAAGGUUCUACGCACCCUAGUUCGUAGAUCACGGUGGUCUGUCUGGGUUGUCAGCAAAGGAGUUGCAGGAUGCUUAGAUUUGGAUGGGAUGGGCGCAGAGUGCAGAAUCUUUCCAACAAGAUUUUAUUGAAUGCUGUUAAAGAAUUUUCUCCAUUGAAACUCCGCAUUGGGGGCUCCUUGCAAGAUAAGGUCAUAUAUGGCGUGGAUCCUCAACAGCCAUGUACUCCUUUUGUUAAGAAAAAAUCUGAGAUGUUUGGUUUUUCUCAAGGCUGCCUACCCAUGCAUAGAUGGGAUGAACUCAAUGGUUUCUUCAAAAAAGCCGGAGCUGUAAUCAUUUUUGGGCUGAAUGCCCUUAAUGGAAGGGUUCAUUUGCCGGGUGGUUCUUUAGGAGGACCCUGGAACUCCACCAACGCUGCAUCUUUUAUUCACUACACUGUCAAUAAGGGUUACACUAUCCAUGGUUGGGAGCUUGGGUUCAAGCAUCGAAGGAUGGCAACAAGCAUAGGUUCACAGGAUCCAAAGGAACCUCGGCCCGUCAGGAUUCUCUCUCGUUCUAUUACACUAUUGGUCUGGUGUCUCGGCAGCUGGGUAUUCGUGCAAAUACCAAUUUUCAAAGGGUAUUCGUGCAAAAUCUGAU